AUGUUUGAUGUCACCCGUGCUGUUCUCAAGGGAAUAAUUGAAGACACAUCUCAUGCUACUAGUUCUCAACGUGGAGAUGCUAAUAAAGCUUGUGGUUACUUACAAUCAUUUGAGUUUGUGCUUGUUCUUCAAUUGAUGAAAGAAGUAAUGGGAAAAACGGAUACACUUUGUCAAGCAUUACAAAAGAAAUCCCAAGACAUCCUUAAUGCAAUGGAGUUAGUUUCUGCAACACAGGUUAGUCUAACCAAUUUUAGAGACACUGGAUGGGAUUCUUUAUUUGAAAAUGUUCGUUUUUUUUGUGAAAGGCAUGACAUAGAUAUGCCUGAUAUGAGUGCUCCAUAUACUUCUACUCGGUAUCGGCCUCGUAAAAAAGAUCUUCAUGUUACAUUUAAACAUUAUUACUGGGUAGAUUUGUUUACAGAGACAUUGGACAAACAACUACAUGAGCUGGAUAGUAGAUUCAAUGAGCAAGCGAAAGAAUUGUUAUCUCUUAGUGCGACUUUAUGUUCAAAAAAGAUUAAUAUUGAUCAGAUUGUUCUUCACUUGAUGAAAGAAGUAAUGGAAAAACGGAUACACUUUGUCAAGCAUUACAAAAGAAAUCCCAAGACAUCCUUAAUGCAAUGGAGUUAG